CAGUGCAAUGGUAAAUAGCUGGAAAAAGUUAAGCAAGUACAGAAUCACACAACUGCUCCGAACAGUACAGCAGAAAAUGCAGCUUUCUUUAAAAAUGGCAACCAAAAUCUUUUAUAUAUUCACUCUUAUCCUUGCGUUCUCAAGUAUCUCCACAGAAGGCUGUUCCACAGGAAAAGGAAGAAUAAUGUGUUCUUCAAAAACUUCAUGCAACUCCACAAUAGCUGAAAAAGAUGUUAAGGCUAAUUUGCUCUCUCCUAUUACAACAAUAGUUGUGCCAGCAAUAUACUCUGCUGUGUUUCUUUUUGGUCUUCCAGCAAAUGGAAUUGCAUUCUGGGUUCUUGCUUUCAAAAUUAAAAAGAAGCCAUCUACUUUUCUAUUACUUAACUUGGCAAUUUGUGACCUCCUUUUUAUGUUGGCAUUGCCUUUUAAGAUUACAUACCACCUUCUUGGAAACAAUUGGAUAUUUGGUGAAGCUUUAUGCAGGGUGGCAACUGGAUUUUUUUAUGGAAAUAUGUAUUGCUCAGUCUUAUUCCUUUUGGGCAUCAGUAUUGACCGCUACAUGGCUUUAGUACAUCCAUUCGCUGCAAAAGGUUUUCGUAGAUGGAGAAUAUGCAUAAUAAUUUCUGUUGGAUUUUGGCUUGUAGCAGGAGCAGGCAUGAUUCCAUUUUUUUUUGUUCCACAAACCAAAACAUUUGAAGACCCACGUAUUAUAACAUGUCAUGAAGUCUGGGCAGCAUGCCAUGGUUAUGAAUGGUAUACGUCAUAUUUUCUUGGACUUGUUAUCCUGGGAUUUGCCAUACCUUUGAUAAUAAUCUCAUUCUGCUAUUUGUCUAUUCUCAUAGCACUUUUAAGGAAGAAGGAAUCCCAUAAGCAUGUGAUACGACUGUUAAUCAUGGUAUUUCUCAAUUUCAUCCUCUGUUUCACACCUAGUAAUGUCUUGCUUUUACUGCACUAUCUGGAAAACAAUUGGGAAGGUCACAACAAACUCUACUUGUGGUAUAUGUUGGCAUUGUCAUUAACUUCCUUUAACAGCUGUAUUGAUCCAUUCAUAUAUUAUUAUUCAUCACAAGAAUUUUGGACAACAGUGAAAGAUACAUUUUGUUGUGACAAAGAAAAAAACAGUAGGAUAUCUGGGAGCACCCAAAAAUUGAAACUCACGGCUUCCUUGGAUAGUAAAGAAAUUAUAAAAGCAGAAGCCUAGCACCCCCACAUAUUGCUUUUUUUCUCUCACAUUUAUUAUUACUGACCAAUUAACCUUUAUAUAAUGUGAAUAAUACUGACUUUUCAACUGUUUUGCCUGUAUUAUUUUGAGUAAGGAUAUAUAAUAACUGUUAGAUAAGUCAUUAAUAAACCUGAAAACAUAUAAAGUUAUAAAUAACA